AUGUCAAAACAAGUCCAAAAGCUCGCGGCCUCCGCCCAGCGGCAAAUAAAUGCCGUAGUCGUCUCCUCCGGGCUGAUGAACAAAACGGUGCGAGCACGCAUCGGGGUACAAAAAUGGAAUAAUCACAUCCGGAAGGAUUUCAACCAUAAGCAACAUGUCCUAGUCCACGAUCCAGCAUCCUCCCUGCGAACCGGCGAUAUAAUAAGCAUCUCGCCCGGCUGGCGCGUAAGCAAGAGAGUGCACCACGUAGUGCGGAACAUCAUCGCGCCAUUUGGGGAGCCGAUUGAGGCGCGUCCGCCUGUGCCGAGUGAGGAGGAGCGAAUGGCGGAAAGGGAGAGGAAGAGGGCUGCGAAGGAGGAGAGGAGGAAGGCUCCACGGGUGGACGAAUCACCCGCAAAGCCGAAUUCGGCCAAGUCAUGA